ACAUUGCGGGUCGGGUGCACAGCGCGUGUUAGGGUUUCUUUCGAUCCCUUUCCGUCGUUGCCGUGCUUAGAUUCCCAGAGAUCCUGAACCAAAAAUCCUUUCUCUCUCUCUCUCGGCAAUGGGCAAGAAAUCGAGAAAGGCUCGCGACGAAGAUAAUCAAGAAGUUUCCCCUAAUUCCGGUUCAAACCCUAAUUCCUGCAGCAUUUUUAAAACCCUGUUCGGCGAAAUAUCGGAAGAUGCCGCCGCUGCAACAUUAUUUUCCGAUGACAAUCCGUUUCGAAGAAAACCCGCUAGCGUUUCUCAAGAACCACCGCAAACCGAGCUAGCGUUAGCAUCCGAUGCUUAUGAAGUUAAGGAUUCAGAGUCAAAGAAGAGGAAGGAGAAGAAGAAGAAGAAGAGAGAGGAGAGUGUUGUAUCAGAACUUGAUAAUGAAGUUGGAGAGCAAGAUGGAAACAGAGAACGGAAGAAAUUAAAGAACUUUGAACCUGGGAAGCAUGAAGACAUUGGCAAGGAAAAUAAGAAGAGAAAGAGGGACGAUAUUGAGGCGGAGUAUGAAGUAAAACGAUAUGGAUUGCAGGAGGUUGCAAAGCCGGAAUCAGGAAGUGGGAAGGUUGGGGAGAAGAGGAAGAAAAUGGAUAACCCAGAGGAUGUGAUGGUGUCGAAGGAGGGAUUUGAUGAUGAGAACAAGCUAUUGAGGACUAUCUUUGUUGGGAAUGUACCUCUGAAGACUAAGAAGAAGACAUUAUUGAAGGAAUUCUCAAAGUAUGGAGAGAUUGAGAGCCUUAGAAUCCGAUCUGUUCCGAUUGCUGAUACCAAAGCUCCAAGGAAGGCUGCUGUACUCAUGAAGAAUUUCAAUGAGAAUGCCGAUUGUGUACAUGCUUACAUCGUAUUUAAAAGUGAGGACUCUGCCCAAGCUUCAUUGGCACAUAACAUGACAGUGGUAGAAGGAAAUCACAUCCGGGUGGACAGGGCAUGCCCUCCUAGGAAGAAGAUAAAGGGAGACAAUGCACCCUUGUAUGAUAAUAAAAGGACACUGUUUGUGGGCAACCUCCCUUUUGAUGUUAAGGAUGAAGAAUUAUAUCAGUUGCUCUGUGGUAUUAAAACUCAAACUCAGGAUACAAUUGUGGAAGCUGUUCGUGUUAUCAGAGACCCCAAUACACAUGUGGGAAAAGGUUUUGCUUAUGUGUUAUUUAAAACAAGGGAAGCUGCAAAUCUUGUUGUCAAGAAGCAUCUGAAGUUACGGGAUCGGGAGCUGAGACUCUCUCAUGCCAAGGAAAAUGUAACCCCGUCAAAGAGAAAGAAUCCAAAUGACGAUAGUAACCCUGCUCCAACAAAGUGGCCUCCAGGAGGCCAGCGACCUGAAAAGGCUUCUUCUUCUUCUCUAUCCUACCAGGGUAUGAGGGCAAAUAAGCCCACUAGCGGCCAGAAGAGGUUCCGUCCUACAACCGCUGGGGACCAGCCAAAGUUCAAACCAAAGUCGCGGGAUGGGAAGAAGAGACAAACCAAGAGGCCGGCGGUUGCUGCCAGAAAGGCAAGAGAACUUAGUAAUGCUGCCUCUGCCGCUGCUGGUGGCGGCCCCCACGGGACCAAGCGGAAGCUAGAAAACCGUACCCCGUCAAGUUCAGGUAAGAGGAACACAAAGGCUAGAAAAAUCGGAUAGGGAAGUUCAUUGUGUACUAUCAUAUGGAUGUGGACUAGGAGUUUGGAAAUGUUUUAAUUAACAUUUAUAUUGACACUUGACAAAAUCUUGAGUUACUAUUUCAGGAUGAUGAUAACUUUUAUUUAUUUAUACGAGUAUUAUUUUAUUGACAUUUGAUAAUAUAAUACAAUUCUCAGU